UUCAAUUUCUGUGCACUUAGACCUCGGUUUAAUUUUCUGUGAACUGAACUGAACUGCUUACUUCCUGAAUCCUAAAUUCUUUUUUAAUGAAAAUUAUAAAGAAGCACCUGAUGUUAUGCGAGGUUUGCUUGAUCUUGUUACCUUGUAUUGCAAGUGUAACAAUUUGGAUUCAGUUCAGGCAAUGAAAGAAAUACAUUUAUAUAGAGAUCGGAAGGAAAGUUUUGAUAGACAAGAAGUUAUUCCAGCUGCAUCUGAACUUAAGCCUGAUGAAUGGUGGAGGUUAUUCGGAGGCUCUGCUCCAUGUCUACAAAAGAUAGCUGUUCGCAUUCUUAGCCAAGCAUCUGCUUCUUCUGGGUGUGAGAGAAAUUGGAGCCUUUUGGACCAGAUUCAUACAAAAAGAAGAAAUAGAUUGGAGCAUGAUAGACUGAAUGACAUUGUUUAUGUUACCUAUAAUUUGCGUCUUAAAUCCAGGAAGGAAAAAGAAAAAAGAAAGCAAAAGACACGACAUGAUCCAAUUGAUUAUGAAAGUAUCAGUCAAGUUGACUUCUGGGUGACUGAAGAGGUUGUAGAGAAAGAGUCUGAUCUUUCUAGUAAUGUGGAUGACUUAUUGCAUGAGUAUAGUAUAUUUAGUUUCUAAUGAUUUAUUAGAAUGUUGCUAGUUUAUAAUAUAAUGAUAACAUUUCUAUUUUAUUAGGUGAAAUUGAUGCUGAUUUAUAUCAAAGUGGCGGUGGUAGUAGUGGUCUUUAUGCUGCAUCUCUUUCUUCUGCUGAUCAGGGUGGGAAUGAAGGUGAAGAUCAUCCCACCGAAGCAGAUUUGCAACAAGUUCUUGCGGAUUUUGAUAAUUGAUAAACCAUGAUGUUGGGAUUUAAUAUUUACAUAUGCUUUUAUUACUAUUUAACUUUUGAGUUUGGAUUUUGAUAAGAUCAUAUGUAUUUGGUUGAUGAUAUUUUAUGUAGUGUUUUUAAUUUCGAAUAUAUUUUAAGAUUUGUAUCAGACUAUAAUUAUAUUUUAGGAUGUGUAUUUAUAAUUUA